CUGUGCCGCACAGUCUGAAGGGAUCCUUGGCGAAUAUAUGCGACCUCGCGCCCUUUGCCCUGGUAUUCGAUAGGGUCGAGUCAACUUGACGAAACAUUCUUGUUUGGGUAGCGCUGAGCUUAGCGUCAAGUAGUCAGAGAAACACUGAAGAUAUGGCAACCGAUUCAAAGGCCGCGUUCAAGCCCGUUACACACGUGCUUUUUGACAUGGAUGGUCUGCUCCUGGACACAGAGUCGUUGUACACGGAGGCCACGCAACGGGUGACGCAGCGUUACGGCAAGGACUACACUUGGGAAAUCAAGGCAGCCGUGAUGGGCACCGCUGGGUCCGAGUCAACGUGCAUCAUCAUCGACAAGCUGCAGCUGCCGCUCACCGUGGAGCAACUCGAGGCCGAGCUGCACCAGAUGCACGCAGAGCUCUUCCCCACUGCACAACUAAUGCCUGGGGCCGAGCGGCUUGUGAGUCAUCUCCACCGGUGCGGGGUGCCCAUUGCCGUGGCGACCAGCUCCAAACGAGACUCGUUUGUGCUCAAGACCAGCUGCCACAAAGAGCUGUUUGCCAAGUUCCACCACAUAGUGUGUGGCGGGGAUGAUGCAGAGGUGUCAAGGGGCAAGCCACACCCAGACAUCUUUCUCGUGGCUGCUGGAAAGUUUGAGAAUGCACCUCCACCUGAAAAGGUUCUGGUGUUUGAGGACUCCCCCAACGGUGUGCUGGCAGCCGUGGCUGCUGGCAUGCAGGUGGUCAUGGUGCCAGAUCCACGUGUUGACGAGGACUCGCGCAAGAGUGCUACGCUGUGCUUGACCUCACUGGAAGACUUUAAACCCGAGUUGUUCGGUCUCCCACCAUACAACCACUGUAACUGAGGGAUAGAUGAUCUUCUAGUCUGUUUGUUGCUCAUGGCAUUAGCUCUUCGAAGAAGA